GGGGUCUGGUCUGGCAAGACAAGAGAUCAAAUAUGGCGGCGGUAAUGAGCUACAGAUCGUACUCUUUUCUUCGUGUAACAGCUUCUAGCACGUCGACUUACCUCCAUAACACGACGGUGCAACGUCGAUACGCUCAUGGUGUUGUUCAAUCCGCUUCCUAUUUGAUGCAACGACAGGAGAGAAAAAGGAAAAGUGACUAUAAAAACAGGAAACCUAAAAUAAAUCAGUGGAUAUACAAGUACAUCAAUGGAAACUUGAAGCUAAGAAGUACAUUUACAGAUUGGCCAUCUGUUUUCACUGGAUCCACGUCAUAUAAUCCUGCUGCAAUUCCUAUUUUCUUCAAAAUGGGACGAAUGAAACACAACAAACAUGGCCAAGGCCUUCCCAAAGGAGCAAUUGGAAACAUAGAACUAAUGAAGAUACCAAACUUUUUCCACCUAAGUCCCCCUUCCAUUGAAAGACACUGUCAGGCACUAAAGUCAUUAUGUACUGAAUGGCCAAGCAACCUUGACCUUUCAACAGUACCAUUGCGAGUAACAACCCAAAACUACUUAUUUGCUGGACCAUCGCUUCAUCAUCCUGGAUCAAGAGUAGUCAAACUUCAGGUUUACUUGAAAGAUCUAGUUUUAGAUGAUCAUGCCCGAAAGAAAUUGAUCGAACUGGUGGAAGAUCGCUAUGAUCCAGAGACUGAUGAGCUUACCAUUGUAGCAGACAGGUAGAGUGCUCUUCCUUUCUGCUCAAGAGGUUGAAGUC